CAGUCUGCCGGCAGCGCUUGUGAGGGACGGGUCGUUUCACCUGGCCACUCUCGCUCACCUGACUAUCCGUGCCUUACCUGUUUUUAAUGAGCUGUUCACGUGUGUUGUGCUGUGGAGACUUUGAAUCUAGUAAGAGAUUUCUACACGUUGAUUUGGGUGUGCCACCCGUGAUAGAGCAACACACCUGUGCUACAUCUGUCUGCCACUCAAGGGUGACCUGACCUCUUAAUGAUGAUGAUGAUGAUGGCGUGUCAAGUUGCUAUUCUAUGCGUGUGUCUCCUGCCUGUACUGCCUGUUACCGGUGAGGAAUUCUGGAGGAGUGAGACGUCCCUGAGGAAGGAGGUGUUUCAGGGUUACGACAAGACAAUCCGCCCUUCCCUCAACGUGUCUGUCCUCGUCAGGAGCCUCGAGGUGGAUGAAAUGGAUGUGAAGGAAGACGCCCAUGCAGUUCUCCUACGUGGCGCCCUUCAGCUGAUGUGGGAGGACCCGAGGCUGCGCUGGCGUCUGGAUGAUCAUGAGGACGUGGAUCGCUUGGGCGUGGACCCUGAGGAACUGUGGCACCCUGACUUCGCUAUGGCAUCCCCGGCCGGCCAAAACCCAGUCCCGCCAAGGUCCCAAUUGCCCGCCCUGGUGUACCCUGAUGGGAAGGUCAUCUUCGUGCCUCCCGUUGACCUGCCCCUCACCUGCCUGCUUGACCUGACCUACUGGCCCUACGACGUGCUCAACUGCUCCCUCAGGGCCGGCUCCUGGGUGCACCACGGCCACAUGCUCAACGUGACCCUGGCUGACGACGCCCUCAAGUUCUUGCACUCCCCGUUGGGCGAGGGAGAGGCGGAGGGGGUCAGCAGUAGCAGCAGCAGCAUCACCAGGACGGAGUGGGAGGUGGUCUUUGCUAACCUGACGCGCCACACUCAGAUGAUCCCGUGUUGUAGCGAGCCGCAGGUCACGCUGGUGAUGUCAAUGAUAGUGAGACGUUCAGCCCCCCGCCAUUACCUGGGUUAUGAAGACUCCUGUGCUGUGUUUGUGUGUGAUGACCUGCCUGGUGUUCCUUCUUCCCCCCAAUGGCAGCGAGAAGGUGUUGUUUGGUGGUGUGUGUGUCCUUCUCAACAUCCUCUUCCUCGGGUUUGCCAUCACCAUUGUGUACAAGGAUCCCAUGCACACACCGCUUAUUGUCCAGCUGGUGACGCAUCAGGUGGUGCUGACGGUGUUGAGUGUGGUGGUGGCGGUGGUGGUGAUGCGGCUGGCACGGGGCCCUCACUCCUUUCCCGUGCCUCACAUUAUCAACAAGCUGGUCAACACCCUUGCCACGCUCCUGUGUCUCUCCAGCUGCUCCAGAAGGCCGGGCAACCACGAGCAAGAAUACGCAGUAAUCAUCAAAGCAGAACAGAUUGAAUUAGGGGAGCGCAACGGGGGCGAGGCGAGGCAGAGGGAGUGGACUGAAGACCUUGGGGAAUGGAUCCUUUUGGCCUCUGUAAUAGAUCGUCUGGCUCUCGUCUUGUAUUUAGCUGCGUGUGCUGUCAUCUUCAUUCGCUUCUCCCCUGUCCUGUAGCCAAGAGUGGAGGAAGUGGCGUAUAGGUGUCUGUGUGUGUGUGUGUGUGUGUGUGUGUAUGUGUGUGUGUAUGUUUGUGUCACGUUCAUAUUAAUAAUCAUCUAGCAUUCAUGAGUUUGUUUGUGUAUCUAUACGUGUGUGUGUGUGUGUGUGCGUGUGUGUGUUACUAAUGGUAGUAGCCGUAGCCAACACACAACUAUUCCUAAAUAUCUCAUGUAAUUAUUCUUAAUAAAAUAUGUUAUCAGAUC